AUGACAUAUGGUGAUUCAGAUAGAAAUGUGACUAUUCCAAAUAUUGAGGAGUGUACUUCUUAUAAAGAUACUGAGAAGUGCUCUAAAAGUAGUGACAAUGCUGACUCAGUUCAAUACACAUCAAACAGAUUCAAAAUGAUUGACACUAUGCGCAGUGAAGGUCGUCCAUUUUAUCCACAUAAGUUUCACGUUACAAUGUCAAUCCCAAAAUAUUGUGAAGAGUAUGUCAACUUGGAGAAUGGGGAAGUUGAAAAAGACAAGGUCAUUUCACUGGCAGGACGGAUAACAUCAAUAAGAAGUGCAAGUUCGAAAUUAAUUUUUUAUGAUAUAGUUGGUGAUGAUAAGAAGGUUCAGAUAAUAGCUAAUUUGUUGGGACAUGAUAAUACUACUGGUAACUUUAAUCAGGUUCAUUCUGAAAUUCGUAGAGGUGAUGUUGUUGGAGUAAUUGGGAAUCCUGGUAAAUCUAGGCGUGGAGAAUUAUCCUUAUUUAUAAAAAGCAUUUUAUUACUGUCACCAUGUUAUCAUAUGCUACCUACUGCUAUUUCUGGCUUAAAAGAUCAAGAAAUAAGGUAUAGACAACGAUAUCUUGACUUAAUACUUAAUGAGGAUAGUAGGAGAGUUUUUAAAUUGAGAAGCAGAGCACUUAAGUUUAUUCGCAAUUUCUUUGAUAAUUUAGGUUGUUUAGAAGUGGAGACUCCAAUGAUGAAUCUAAUUUAUAGUGGAGCUUCAGCUCGUCCAUUUAUUACAUAUCAUAAUGAAUUAAAUACUCAAUUAUACAUGAGGAUUGCUCCAGAAAUAUAUCUUAAACAGUUAGUUAUAGGAGGUUUUGAUAGAGUCUAUGAAAUUGGGAAGAACUUUAGAAAUGAAGGUAUAGAUCUUACUCAUAAUCCGGAAUUUACAGCUGUGGAAGUUUAUAUAGCUUAUGCUGACUAUUACGAUUUAAUGGAUAUGACUGAGGAGUUAAUUAGCGGCUUAAUCAUGGAAAUUCAUGGAAAGCUACAAAUUGAAUAUAAUCCCGAUGGACCUGAUAGCGAGCCUGUUACAAUUAACUUUACAAGGCCAUGGAAAAGAUAUUCAUUUGUCGAGGAGAUUGAGGCAGCAAUAGGUAAAUCUCUAUUAAGACCACUAAAUGGUCAGGAAAAUAUUAAGUUCAUGUUAGAUAUAUGUAAGGAAUAUAGUAUUGAAGUUCCACAACCUCAAACAGCUGCAAAAUUGUUAGAUAAACUUGCAGGUCAUUUUAUAGAAAUAAAGUGUCACAACCCAUCAUUUAUUAUUGAUCAUCCUCAGACAAUGUCUCCCUUGGCAAAAUGGCAUAGAAGCAAAGCUGAAGUUACGGAACGUUUUGAACUAUUUGUUUUAGGAAAAGAAUUAUGUAAUGCCUAUACAGAAUUGAAUGAACCCCGCCAACAGAGAACUUGCUUUGAAGAGCAAGUAAAGGCUAAAGAGUUAGGUGAUACUGAAGCAUGUCCAAUAGAUGAAACAUUUUGUUUGGCACUAGAGCAUGGCUUACCACCUACAGGUGGUUGGGGUUUAGGGGUAGAUAGGCUUAUUAUGUUAUUAGCUAACAAAAACAAUAUAAAGGAAGUCGUUUUAUUCCCAGCAAUGAAACCAAUAAAACAAAACAACCAAGGACAUCAUGAUGACUUGUCUGUAGAAGCAGAGAAUCUAAAAUAA